CAUGUAUUGCGGAUAAAUACGAAUCAUGAUUUUCAUGCGUGCCUUAUCAUGCAGUAAACAACAUCGAUCUGUCAUUGAAUCAGCUGUUGCAUAUUUCGCCGAUAUGUUUUUGAUGCAGUCUUCAUGAGCUGAUAACUGAUAAUCAUAUUUUCCGAUCAGUACAAGUCGUGUUGCAGAAAAUGUCCGACAAUUUGGAGCUAGUAAAAAAGCACAUUGGAGAGUAUCCUGAUUUUCCAAAGAAAGGCAUUUUGUUCAAAGACAUUUUCACGGCUCUACGAAAUGGUCCGGUCUGCCAAGCACUGAAACAUCUUCUGGUCGAGCAUGUUCGACAGACCUGUCCCGAUGCAAAGGUCAUAGUUGGCCUUGAAGCACGUGGUUUUUUGUUUAGUCUAAUGAUCGCUGCCGAACUGGGGAUUUCCUGUGUACCGAUUCGGAAGAAAGGAAAACUUCCUGGCCCGUGUGUGCAGUACGAAUACGAGCUGGAAUAUGGAACGGACAUUUUUGAAAUUCAGAAAGAUAGUAUUGAACCAGGCCAGAAGGUUGUCGUAAUCGACGACCUGUUGGCAACAGGCGGAUCCAUGGAAGCCGCCAAUAAAUUGGUCCAACAAAUCGGAGGAGUAGUCGAACAAAACAUUGUCGUCAUAGAACUGACUACGCUGGGAGGUAGAAACAAGCUGGAGUCUUCCGGUUGGAAAGUACAUUCCUUUAUUCAAUACCAUGAUGUUGAAUAAUUUCUGUUGAUACGUUUUCAAAAGACGGUUAGUUUUAAGGUUCGGAAGAGAAGACCAACGUGCGAAUAGGGUCAAUAUUAUUCAGUCAUUUGUUAUCUGUGCGAUGAAGAAAAAAAAUGCGUGUUGGGUUUAUGCUAAGACUUAACAUUUAUUACAUGCGUUUCUUUGUUACGUAAACUAAAAUAAAAUCUCAUUUCAAUCAA